GGCUUUUGAUACUGAUUUGUCACCACAUGCAUUCCACUUUGCACUACAAAAAUCCACUUUGGGCCCUCGAAUUCUUGCCUCUACUACAAGAAAAGCAUACACACUCCUCAUCCUCCCCAUAUAGUUUCACCUCUCACUUCUUUCCAUAGACUUGCACAAACAUCUUUUGGUAAGUUUCAUUGUUUUUUUUUUAUUAUCCAGAGAAAUAAAAUAAAAGACAAGACUCUGUAUAUUGAGUAUGAGGAGUGGAGUUUGUAGUAUCCAGCAAUCCCUCACGCAUGAAGCUGCAAACAUGGUGAAACAAGCCAUGGCCUUGGCUAGACGGCGUGGGCAUGCUCAGGUCACGCCUCUCCAUGUGGCUAGCACCAUGCUCUCUGCUUCCACAGGUUUACUCAGAACAGCUUGCCUCCAAUCCAACACUCAUCCUCUUCAAUGCAGAGCACUUGAGCUCUGUUUCAACGUCUCUCUUAAUCGCCUCCCAACUUCCACAGGCAGUCCUAUGCUGGUCCCUUGUAUAUCUAACGCUCUGGUUGCAGCUUUCAAGCGUGCACAGGCUCACCUGCGGCGUGGCUCCCUUGAGAACCAGCAACAACCAAUCUUGGCCGUCAAGAUUGAGCCUGAGCAGCUUGUAGUUUCCAUUCUUGAUGAUCCUGGUGUCAGCAGAGUCAUGAGAGAGGCUGGUUUCUCAAGUCCUCACGUGAAGAGCAAGGUCGAACAAUCUGUGUCUGUCAUGAUCUCCCCCAAGAAACUUAAACUAACUUCUGUAGUAAGGAACAAAGAUGUCAUAAACGGUGUAGACAAUCUGGUGGAUGAGAGCAGGGAGACCUUCAGUCAGAUCGAAAACAAGACCAAUCUAGAAUGCUCAAUGAAGACAAGCAGCAAAGUGACCACUGCUCUCCCAGCAUGGCUUCAGAACUACAAGAACGAGAACCAAAGUGAUAGAACUGAUUUAGAUUACUCACUCUGUGAUUCAGUACCCAAAAGACCAUUUGAGGAAACUCUGGACCUUUCUUCUCUUUCUCCAUCCUCUUCUUCCAACACUUAUGCUCAUACCGACACAAGACUGAUCGUUCCCAGACAUGAUAAACGAGAGGUGGACUAUAUCUCCAGGUUUAGUGUGAUGGAUGCUGAAAACCUAAGAACUCUAUGUGAUGCCUUGAUAACCAAAGCACAAAGGCAGAAGGAUGUGAUCCCUGAUAUCGCAAAAGCUAUCUUAAGUUGUAGGUCAGGAUCAGCACCUAAGAAGCUCAGCAACGGAAACCGAAAAGAAGAAACAUGGUUACUUUUCCAUGGUGCGGAUGUUGAGGCCAAAGAGAAAAUAGGUAGAGAGCUGGCAGAGCUUGUGUUUGGGUCGCAGAACAGUUUCCUCUCAAUUGGCUUGAGAGACAAGAAAAGGAGGAGAGAUGAAGAUAGCUUGAGCUACACUCAGAGAUUGUUCGAAGCUGUGUCUUGUGAUCCACAUAGAGUUCUCUUCGUGGAAGAUAUAGGGGAAGCUGACUAUUUAUGUCAGAUGGGUUUCAAGAGAGCCAUUGAGAGAGGAAGAGUCCAAAGUGAUAACAGUGAAGAAGCUUUGCUUAGAGACGCCAUAGUGAUCUUGUGCUGUGAAAGAUCUAUCUCUUGUAUCUCUCUCGAUCUAAACCUCUCUCUCCAUCAUGAUGGUGUUGAUGGACAUUGCAAUGGUCAUAUUGAUUUACGUGACGCUGUAGAUGCACACAUUCUUUUCAGCGUGUAGGCAACAUGAUCACCAUAGUCAUGAUCUUGUUACACAUGGUCAGGGUCAUGUGUUACUUGUCCUUGGGACAUUUUUCUGGGUCAAUCGUGUAGUUAGGACACCUAUGAACUUUGUAGAGGGUAAGGGUAUGUUAACAAAUUAUCCAAAUCAUAA